CAACGCGUCAAACUAUCGAUGGGGGCCCACGCCCAUACUAAACCAUCGUUUCUUGUAUCGUCAAUGCGCUUCAGCUAGGUUUUCACAAGGAAUAUUCAUAAUAUCCUUCAUGCAUUUUCGACUUGCAUCAACAUUUCUAUGUAACAAGCCGCCAUGGACGUUUUCCGUGUGCGGCUGAACUGCAUAGACCAUUAUCAAGCUAUCCCUACCAAAUACGAUCCCCAGUUGCGCAAUGACAUCCGUGCUGAUCAAUUGGGCAAAGAGCCCAGGGUCCCAGUCGUCAGAGUCUUUGGUUCGACCGAAACGGGUCAGAAAGUCUGCGCUCAUAUUCACGGCGCGUUCCCAUAUCUAUACAUUGAGUAUGAUGGAUGCCUACUUCCUGAUGAUGUGGGUGCUUACAUAUAUCGACUUCAUCUAUCCAUCGAUCAUGCCUUAGCCGUGAGCUACCGUCGUAAUGCCUACGAUGGAAAGAGUAAAUAUCUGGCUAGAAUCACCCUUGUUAAAGGGAUACCGUUCUACGGGUUCUACGUUGGCUAUCGAUUUUACCUUAAGAUCUAUAUGUUAAAUCCUAUGACUAUGACAAGACUUGCCGAAUUGCUUCAACAGGGUGUUAUCAUGAAACAGAAAUUCCAACCCUACGAGGCACAUCUACAAUAUUUACUGCAAUUCAUGACCGACUACAAUCUUUACGGAUGCGGAUAUAUCGAAUCACAAAAGGCCUGCUUCAGAGCCCCGGUCCCUCAGCGCGAAGAUGAUCCGGAACUAGCUCAUAUAUGGCACAGCCAGUCAGUGUCAAGAAAUUUUAUUACCGAUGACGCUGAUCUCCCUCGUUCAGGCCAUUGUUCUAUCGAAGUCGAUAUAUGCGUCCAAGAUAUUUUAAAUCGGCAUGAGAUUAAAGAAAGGCAGCUUCACCAUGAUUUCACUGAGAUGAAGCACCCGUUACCUGCUGAUAUGAAACUUGUUCACAGUAUGGCUGGGCUGUGGAAAGACGAGACGAAACGCCGUAAAAGAAGAAUGCUGGGUCGAACGCCGGGAAGCAGCCCAUUCCCUCCGGAAGCUCUUGUAUCUAUGUCCGCAGACCCACGUGAUUCGCAACCUCCCGGAUGGAUUCACGAGGAAGAAUAUCGGGAUCAAAUUCAAGGACUAAUACACCAAGAGCACGACCAAAGCGACAAGAAGGAAAUGGGGUUCAACACAUUCGUGAAAAUCGACCCUCUCGAGUCCACUAUCAAUACUAUGUUGCAAUCCGUUGAGGACCUCUACCCGAGUAAUUUGGAAUCUGCGCUUGGUAAUGCGAGCCAACGGUUCGAAGACGACGAAAAUCCUACGAGCAGUAUAUUAGUGGACGACGACCGCAUUCUUAACAUCGCACUAGAUGAUGGUGAUGAUAUCUUCCCGGAUGACUCAGACGAACAAAGGGUUCGUGAUGCUGCAUCAGUAGAAAAGAACCAGACUCCUAGUGUCGGAAAUUUAGGUGGUGAUGGAUCGAUCACGCCGAGGAGGCCACCGAAGAAAGCUGCGGAGAAAACCAGCGAGAGCUCGCAAGGCCAAUCUGACACAACGCUAUCCCCAGAAAUAGUUAGGAAGCCGCAUGACGAGAAUCGGCACGGGGUACUCCCCAAUGGGGUGCAUAUCAGCUGUUUACGUUUGACGCAUCGGCCGCGCGUUCCAAUUCCUCAAGUAUUGCUCGAAAUCGCAAAGGAUCAAGGCUUGGUCAGCAGAAGCCGGGAUACACCACAAGUUCAACUGAAAGAAGCUGAAAAACGUCCUGCUCUGCCAUUUUCAGAGGGACAGGAAGCAAAGCGCCGUCGCGUAGGAUUCGCCCCUAUAACCAGUACCGAUCAAGUAGACACGACGGAAAAGCUGGCAGCAAGCUCCAAAAAGCCAGGGAGUCAAAUAGCACCAACGGCAUCGCAGACCAAGCCUUCAAUACCGAAGAAAAUCCUCAAGGGAUCUGAGAACCAGGUCCUCAAGUUCCCAGUCGUAAAAAAUCCCAACGAUCCAAGUACAAGGUUGCGAUUGAGUCAACAGACGAAUUCUCAGAAAAGUGAGAGUAGCCAGACUAUGAAGCAUAUCGCUUUUGACUCGUUAACCUCUCCCGAAGAUACUAAUCAGAAAUCGGCUUCGCCAACUAACAAAUCGGAGUCUGAUAGCUCUGCGUCAAAUAGCACGAAAGAAAUUGAGUCUAGAAAGCCUACCGAUAUUGGAUGCAUUCCUCGACCUCAAGCACGAUUCUUUGUUCUUAGGAAUUCCCCUCCCUGCAUUGACGAAGUCUUAUCGACUAUGGAUGGUUUGGGUCGUCCUGAUGUUAUAUAUCAAGAUGCGUUCUAUAGCAACGAAAAAGAUGUACCUCAAAGGGUUCGGGAAUACGCCGGUCAGGAGUUUCGUCUCGAAGGGAACACUCUUCCGUACCUGCCUGAUUUCGACCCAACGGGAGAGUCUCCUGCUAAUUUUGGUAUGAAAUCUACUUUGCCCUAUGACGCUGAAAGAGACGAACGGGUGUACAAAAAACUGCGUCGAGAAUGCUCACUGAGAAGCUGGGAAAUCGCGGAACCUCCACCCAGUUUCGACGAAGUGAAGGAUUGGUGGACAGAAAAACAGGCUGCAGCGAGAGACUCACAGGAGCCUGUAAUGAGACUUAACGACCCUGAGCUUAAGCCGUAUAUGUCUCAGAUUGACGCUCCCACACCCAAAAACAAGCAUGGCUUUAAAUAUUCCCAGAAGAAAAAAUCGACAAGCGUCCAACACGAAGCACAGUACAUGAGUAUCAUGAGUAUGGAGGUACAUGUUAACACAAGGGGCAAACUUUUCCCGAACCCAGAAGAGGACGAAGUCCAAUGCAUUUUUUGGUGUUCCAAGUCAGACGAGAAUUUUGCCACAGGUGAUAAUGCAUCGCUAUCGGUACAGUCCGGCAUUAUUGUCCUCUCCGAAGACGGAUCCCUAGCCCGAAGAAUGCAGAAGGAGAGUCCAACUCGAACCGAUGUCAUUGAAGAGGCAUCAGAGCUUGAGUUAAUGACCCGAAUGGUCGAAAUCGUCAGGACGCACGACCCGGACAUUCUUACCGGAUACGAAGUUCACGGUAGUUCGUGGGGUUACUUGAUAGAGAGAGCGAGGUUCAAAUAUGACUAUAAUCUCUGCGAUGAGUUUUCACGAAUGAAAAGCCAAUCGUUCGGGCGGUUCGGGAAAGAAUCUGAUCGAUGGGGGUUCAAUACCACAUCGACUAUUCGAGUUACUGGUAGACACAUGAUCAAUAUCUGGCGGGCGAUGCGCAGCGAACUCACUCUGCUCCAGUACACAAUGGAAAAUGUCGUUUGGCAUCUCUUGCAUCGACGAAUCCCACAUUAUCCUUGGCGCACUUUGACAGAGUGGUAUACCGAGGGAAGGCAUCGAGAUCUAAGCAAGCUCCUUCGACAUUACUUAACUCGGACGAAACUCGACAUAGAAAUUCUUGAAGCGAAUGAGCUUAUUCCGCGAACUAGCGAACAGGCGCGACUUCUAGGUGUGGAUUUCUUUUCCGUCUUCUCUCGAGGAUCCCAAUUCAAAGUCGAGUCGAUCAUGUUUAGGAUUGCGAAGCCAGAAAACUUCAUCUUAGUCUCUCCAGACAGGAAACAGGUCGGAAGUCAGAAUGCGCUUGAAUGCCUUCCUCUCGUCAUGGAACCGCAGAGUGCAUUCUACAACAGCCCGCUAGUGGUUCUCGACUUCCAAAGCCUGUACCCCAGUGUCAUGAUCGCAUAUAACUAUUGCUACUCGACUUUCCUCGGCCGUAUUGUAGAUUGGCGGGGCACGAACAAGAUGGGUUUCGCAGAUUACCAACGACAACACAGAUUGUUGGAGUUGCUCAAAGAUCACAUCAACAUAGCCCCCAACGGCAUGAUGUACUGCAAAGCAGAGGUCAGAAAAUCAUUAUUAGCCAAGAUGUUGACGGAAAUUCUCGAGACGCGAGUUAUGGUGAAGAGUGGGAUGAAGCAAGACAAAGACGACAAGACCUUGCAACAACUCCUCAACAACAGGCAACUUGCAUUGAAGUUGCUCGCGAACGUCACGUACGGAUACACAUCUGCGUCAUUCUCAGGUCGCAUGCCCUGCUCUGAAAUCGCGGAUAGUAUUGUACAAACCGGACGCGAAACUCUUGAAAGGGCGAUAGCACUGAUCCAUUCAGUAGAUAAAUGGAAAGCAGAAGUCGUCUAUGGCGAUACGGAUAGUUUGUUCAUUUAUCUGCCAGGCAGGACCAAGGACCAGGCUUUUGAUAUCGGCAACGAGAUUGCGAAAGCGGUCACGGACAUGAAUCCUCGACCGGUGAAGCUCAAGUUCGAAAAGGUCUACCACCCAUGUGUGCUUCUUGCUAAGAAGCGUUACGUCGGGUAUAAAUACGAGAGCAAGGACCAAUUCAAGCCUGACUUUGAUGCCAAAGGAAUUGAGACAGUCAGGAGAGACGGAACACCCGCCGAACAGAUGAUUGAAGAGAAGGCUCUUAAAAUUCUCUUUGAGACAGCCGAUCUCAGCCAAGUUAAAUCAUACUUCCAAAAACAAUGCGAAAAGAUAAUGCGUGGAGCUGUCUCGAUGCAAGAUUUCUGCUUCGCGAGAGAAGUCAAGUUGGGCACUUAUAGCGAUCGAGGACCGCCUCCGCCGGGUGCUUUGAUUAGCACGAAGAAGAUGCUCGAAGACGCGAGAGCAGAGCCACAGUAUGGCGAGCGUGUGCCAUACGUUGUGGUUUCGGGAGCGCCCGGAGCUCGUCUUAUUGACCGUUGCGUCGCUCCCGAGGAAUUAUUGAGCAAUUCACAUUUACAGUUGGAUUCGGAGUACUAUAUCUCGAAGAAUUUGAUCCCACCACUAGAGCGCAUUUUCAAUCUGGUUGGAGCCAACGUGAGGCAGUGGUACGACGAAAUGCCCAAGGUGCAGCGGAUUCAUCGUGUAGACACGACGUAUGACGGGAAGAAUCCGUUUGCGAAGAAGACCUUAGAAUCGUACAUGAAGGCAGCAGCGUGUCUUGUCUGCGGCGCAAAGACCAAGAGCGAGACCUCAUCAGUUUGUAUGAGGUGCCGUAGAAAUGCGCCAACUUCUCUUCUAAAGCUACAGACACAGCUCAAUAAAGAGGAAAGGAAAUUGACGGAUGUGACGAAGAUCUGCCAGAGCUGUGCGGGGUUGGCGCCACUCGAUAGUGUGCCGUGCGAUAGCAAAGAUUGUCCGGUUUUUUACACUAGGAUGAAGCAGGCGGCUCGCUACAGGACGGAGAAGAGUGUGGUUGAGCCGGCUGUUAAGCAGCUUUUGGAUGGGAAAAUCGGAGCAGAGGAGUUACAAUGGUAGGAGGUUGGUGUUGCACAUAUUAUAUGACCUUGGAAUAAAUACCCCGGGUGGCUUGAUUAUAUGACGGAACUUCGUUAGAGAUGCAUAGCGUGGCGUUUUCGAGGGGGUUCAUGAAUUGAGGAUUCAUUCAUACACUAAGCAAUGAUUCCCGAUUUAUUACCUGAAAUAUAAUUUCACAUGUGAAUUUGCGACUAUUUUGAUAUAGAAUUGCACUGAUAAUAUGUAAGAGUUUAAAGGUCACUCGGAUCGUGUCGUGAUCAAAAGUAGAGGGAUCCCUAUUUCAGCCACAGCUAAUUUUAC